ACAGUGAAGAGGCGACUCUGUGGAUGCUGGCCUUCUAGGCAGAGUUCCUCUGUCCAGUGUCUGUGUUCUUUUGCCCAUCUUAAUCUUUUCUUUUUAUUGGCCAGUCUGAGAUGGCUUUUUCUUUGCAACACUGCCUAGAAUGCCAGCAUCCCGGAGUUGUCUCUUCACUGUUGACGUUGAGACUGUUGUUUUGCUGGUACUAUUUAAUGAAGCUGCCAGUUGAGGACUUGUGAGGUAUCUGUUUCUCAAACUAGGCACUCUAAUGUACUUGUCCUCUUGCUCAGUUGUGCACCGGGGCCUCCCACUCUUUCUAUUCUGGUUAGUGCCAGUUUGCACUGUUCUGUGAAGGGAGUAGUACACAGCGUUGUACGAGAUCUCCAGUUUCUUGGCAAUAUCUCACAUGGAAUAGCCGUCAUUUCUCAGAACAAGAAUAGACUGACAAGUUUCAGAAGAAGGCCAUUUUGAGCCUGUAAUCGAACCCACAAAUGCUGAUGUUCCAAAUACUCAACUAGUCUAAAGAAGGCCCGUUUUUACUGCUUCUUUAAAUCAGAACAACAGUUUUCAGCUGUGCUAACAUAAUUGCAAAAGGGUUUUCUAAUGAUCAAUUAGCCUUUUAAAAUGAUAAACUUGGAUUAGCUAACGCAACGUGCCAUUGGAACACAGGAGUGAUAGCUGCUGAUAAUGGGCCUCCGUACGCCUAUUGUCACGGCCGUCUUCCUGGAAGGAAUAAGUGGACCCAAGCGCAGCGUGUGCUGGGAGAGCUUUGUUGGUCAGGAGCUGUAUCGUUUCCUGCUCGUGGAUUUCAUAUUCACGGUUCUCUACACAGUCUUCGGAGAAUUUAUAUGGAAGCGGUUUUCUCAAGGAGUGCUGAGGAGAAGGAGGAAGCCAGUGUUUGAUAUCGCCCGUAACGUACUCGAGCUCAUCUAUGGGCAAACCCUCACCUGGCUAGGCUUGUUCUUCACUCCUUUACUGCCAGCUGUGCAGAUCCUCAAGCUGUUGUUGUUGUUCCAUAUGAAAAAGAGCAGCCUACUGGUGAACUGCCAGGCAUCCAGGAAGCCGUGGAGAGCCAGUCAGAUGAGCACCCUCUUCAUCUCUCUGCUGUGUUUCCCCUCUUUCCUCGGGGCCAUCGUGUCUGUGACCUACACCAUAUGGACGAUUAAGCCCUCCUCUGGCUGUGGUCCUUUCAGGAACCUCCCCUUCAUGUUCCACUCAGGCAAACAGUGGGCCCAGGAGCUGAAGAGUACCAACCCCAAGCUGGCCUGGCUCAACUGGGUACACAGCUGCUUGGUGGAGAACCCCUUCUUCCUGUUCCUGUUGGCAGGUGUCUUUCUAAUGGUCAUUUACAUUCACACCCAAGUUUUAGACGGCCAAAGGAAAAUAAUCAGUCUGCUACAGGAGCAAAUAGAAAAUGAGGGGAAGGACAAGAAGUUCUUAAUUACUAGUCUGCAGGCCAUCCAUGAGAAGAGACAUUAUCCACUGUCCCCUUCCUCCAGGCCUCAGCCACAGGGCAGUGAGGUGAGUGACCCUGACUGCGCCGUAUUCAUUAGCGGACGCAACAGGAAAAUGUUCAGCAACAGAAAAGGAAGUCCAGGUUUAAUAUGUUUUAGUGGAAGAUUCAAUUAUUCCAGAGUAUUCAUUGGAUGCUGCAUGUUACAUUUUGGACUCCCAUCACAUCAAGGAUAUUUGGCUGCUAUCAACCAGUCAAAGUGAACUCCAAGUGGAGUGAUGUGUGUGGUGAAGGACAUUGAGCCAUUUCUUGUAGAAUGUAACUAUGACUGAUAUGUGUUCAAGACUAUCAGAAUGUGAAGUAACUGAGACUGAUAUGUAUUCUGGACCAUCAAAAUGUGAAGUAACUGAGACUGAUAUGUAUUCUAGACCAUCAAAAUGUGAAGUAACUGAGACUGAUAUAUAUUCAAGACCAUCCGAGGUCUGUUUUAUACUAGUAUGGUAUUUCCAAUGUGGGCCAUAACUGUCUAAUUUGCCUUUUGUUUAUAUAUUUUUAAAUAUAUUUAUUGUCUCUGGGCUGUCUGUCACCGCUUUCAAGCUUCAAUGUAUACUGAACAAAAAUAUAAACGCAACAUGCAACAAUUUCAA